AGCAGCGUGGCCGCCAGAGGACGGACAGUGGUCACGAUGGCACCUACGCCGGCAAAGAGAAAGGGACAGCAAACGCUGUCCAACAUGUGGAAGAAGGCACCGGCUCCGGCAGCCUCGGCUCGCCCGGCCCCUCAGCCAACAACGCAGAAACAGCCGGAGGAGAGUGGCACGAAGAAGAUCAGCACUAGCAGCAACAGCAGUAGCGACAGCUUCACACCACCUCCGUCCGCGGGGAAGCUGCUGUCCAGAGGGAGUUCGCCAUCCAAGGACUUCCAGCAAGACUCACCAACGCCCGUGGGCCGAUCGGGCGCGCCUCUCAAGAAGAGCAGCGCGAGCAAUGGCGCAUACAAGAGCAUGGACAGACCAGCGAGUGUCUCUGGCCUCAGCGCCUCACCCAGCCCAGCUAAGGAGCUCACUCCUCCUCAGAGCUCUCCCAUGGAUAUCGAUGUUGACGAGAAUAAGCGAGACAGCGGCGCUAGCGCGCGCGAAGGCCAGCCUCGAAGGCGAGCUGCUGUCAAGCGCUCUGUCAAUUACAUAGAGUCGGACGACGACGGAAUGGGUGACGAAGACGAUGAUUCCGAUCGCUUCUCACCGGAGCCAGAGACGCCGCGCCCUUCGAAACGGACCAAGUCUGGCAGCAAGUCCCGGGCAGCCCUCGACUCGGACGAUGAGUUUGAUGACUUCAUCGUUCCCGACGAUGAGCUAAUGGAGGCUAUGGACGAAGAGGAGGAAUCACCGGUCCGGCGUCCCAAGACUAAGGCAAAGGCGUCUAAAGAAGCGGGACCAUCAAAAAUGGACCUUUAUUCGGCUUCUGCUCCUCGCAAUGGAAAUCCGCAACAACGCAAGCCUGUCAGGCCUGCUUUGGACAGGGCCACUUCAUCGAAGCAGAGCUCGUCGAACAACGCCAAGGAGCAGCCGUACGACUUUCUCCUCCCAGAAAAUGUCUGUGACGCAGACGGCAACCGGCCAACCGAUCCGAAUUACGACCGCCGCACCCUCUAUAUUCCCAACCGAGCUUGGAAAGACUUUACGCCAUUUGAGCGGCAAUUCUGGGAGAUUAAGAAAGAUCAUUACGAUCAAGUGAUCUUCUUCCAGAAGGGCAAGUUCUACGAACUGUACGAGGACGACGCCCUGAUUGGACACCAGCAAUUCGGCCUCAAGAUCACGGACCGCGUCAAGAUGAAGAUGGCCGGGGUGCCUGAGGCCAGCUUUGACAUGUUCGCCAACAAAUUUCUUGCUCUUGGUUACAAGGUCGGCCGCGUAGACCAGCUCGAGACUGCCACGGGCAAGGAGAUGCGGACAAAGGGCAAGGGCGGAAAGGCGGCUGACAUUGUCGUGCGAGAGCUGGUCCAGGUCAUGACGGCAGGUACAAUCACCGAUGCCAACAACCUCAGCGAUGACAUGGCCACGUAUUGUGUUGCCAUCAAGGAAAGCAUCGCCGACGAGGAAGGGAAUGGUGGUGCUGGCCUUACUGGCGGUGAUGAUGGAGAAAGCAUGAAUGCAAAGCCUACCUUUGGCGUCUGCAUCGUGGAUGCCGCCACGGCCCACUUUGCAAUGUCGCACUUCCACGACGAUGUUUCACGCGCAGGCCUCGAGACGCUCAUUCGAUCGCUUCGCAUCAAAGAGCUCCUUCAUGAAAAGGCCGGCCUGUCAAAGCGCACGCUGAGAAUGCUUCGCAAUUCGCUUCCAAGCUCGUGCCAAAUAACGCUGUUAAAGCCUGGCACCGAGUUCUUGGAUGAGCAAGCCACAUUGCGCAAGCUCAAUGUCCUCUUCCAUCCCGACUUGGCCCGACUCUCUCCAGCGCCAUCGCUCGAUGAAGUGGACGAGGCCGAUCCAGAAGUCCUUCCGGGUGCUAUUCCAAGCAUGCUUGACAAGCCUGAGGCCAUCAGCGCUCUGGGCGGUCUGCUCUUCUAUCUCGGCCAGCUCAACCUCGACCGAGAUCUCAGCGCCAGUCGCAACUUUGCGCUCCUCACCAACCCGCUGCAGCUCAAAGACAGCAUGGUCAUGGACGCGCAGACCCUUGGGCACCUCAAUGUCUUUCAGAAUGAGCAGGGGGACAGCCAGGGUACGCUGCUGGAGCUGCUGAACCGUGCAGUGACGCCGUUUGGAAAGCGAUUAUUCAAGACGUGGCUUCGUUCGCCUUUGAACGACGUGGCAACAAUCAAGGCCCGGCAAGACGCGGUUGACGACUUCUUGCGCGACUCAUCCUUCCGAGAGAGCUUCGACGAGCUGGCAAAGAGGCUUCCGGACAUUGAACGAAUCACCUCUCGCAUCAAUGCCAACAAGUGCCGGCCAAAGGAUUUUACAAAGGUUCUUGACGCAUUGUCGAUGCUCGACGGCAAGAUCCAGAUGCUCGCCGAUCUCGCUUCUCACUUCCAAUCUCCUGUUGUUACGGACGUCCUCAGCACGAUUCCGCUCGUGUCUGAGAGAGCCCGAAGCCUGCAGUCCAUGUUCGACCAGGCGGCAGAUGGCUCCUUUUUGCCACGCCGGGGCAAGGACGACGAUUACGAAGAGGCAAACGACUACCUAGAAAAGACCGAAGACGAGCUCAACGAUGCGCUCAAUGAAGCAGCGAGACAGGUUUCGCUCAAGCCUAACCAGGUCAAGUUCAAGCACAUUGGCACAAAUGAGAUAUACCAAGUCGAGGUGCCGGCAAAGACAAAGGUUCCAAACGACUGGAACCUCAUGUCACAAGCACAAGGUGUUCGGCGCUUUUACCCGCCAGCGGUUCGUCAGCUCGUCAAACAGCUGAAGCAAGCCAGGGAGACGAGAUUGGCGACCAUCAAGGUAUUCAACCAAAAGCUCUUUGGGCAGUUCCAGAAGAUGGCCGACGUGUUCUUGUCGGCCACCGCUGGCGUUGCGGAUGUCGAUUGCCUCCUGAGUCUGGCAAAGGCGUCGCAGGCCAUGGGCGAGCCAACGUGCCGACCUGAGCUCAUCGAUGAUGGUCGCGAGGCCGCUGUCGUCGACUUUCAAGAGCUCCGUCACCCCUGCAUGGCGGUGGCGACGUCGGCGGAAUUCAUUGCCAACGAUGUGUCUCUCGGCUGCGAGAAGGACGAAAAUCUAUCCACGAUCAAGGCCAGCGCUCCGCGUGUGACGGUCCUCACUGGUGGCAACAUGGCGGGUAAGAGUACGAUGGCUCGCACGACAGCCACGGGCGUCAUCCUUGCCCAGAUGGGCUGUCGAGUCCCGGCAACCAAGGCGAGACUCAGUCCCAUCGAUCGCAUUGCCACGCGCAUGGGCGCCAAUGACCAAAUCUUCCAAAAUAAUUCGACGUUCAUGGUUGAGAUGCUCGAGGCGGCCAAGAUCAUCAAAGAGUGUACGCCACGGUCGCUCGUCAUCAUGGACGAGCUUGGUCGUGGUACUUCGACUUUCGAUGGACAAGCGAUUGCUUACGCUGUCCUGCACCAUCUCGUCAUGCGCAUGCGCUGCUUGGGCUUCUUCCUUACGCAUUAUACCAAUUUGGCCCACGAUUUCGAGGGCCACGUCGGCGUGGUCAACAAGCACAUGCAAGUCAUCGUCGAUGACGAGAGGAAGGAGGUCAUCUUCACAUACCGCUUGGUGCCUGGCAUUGCCGAGUCUUCUUACGGCACGCAAGUGGCAGCCCUAGCUGGGGUGCCCAUGAUCGUGUGCGACCGCGCCCAAACGAUCUCGGAGGAGUUUGCAGAGGCAACCAAGAAGAGUCAAGCGGAACGAUGCAAGGCACAGACGAAACUCCCCAUGACACUCUUGAGCGACUUUGCCUUUUUGUGGAGGAUCGGCUCCGGCGACGUUAACGUCGACGAGGAUGGCAAGGUCGAGGCCCAGCUUGACAUCGUCCAAGAGCAGGUCGACAGGAUGCUGGGAGCAGAGAAAGACGAGAGAAUGCGUGAUAUGGUCGAGGAAGAGGAGCAACAUGCCCUAGACGAGGCAAGGGCGACCACGGCGGUUCUACCAGCGCCUCGAGCGACAGUCUCUUAUGGCGGCAGAGGAGCACGACGAGCUCAAGAGCAGCGACAGCAGCAGCAGCGGAUCGCUAUUGCCCUCGCCGAGAGCAACGAUCCAGGCACGGAAGCGACGCCGUCCACACGUAUUGGUCACGAUAUCGAGAGAGGCACAGAGCCGAGUUCCUCGUCCUCGACAGUGGCAAAGCCAAAAAAUUUAGGUACCUCGGGAAGAAAAUCGGAGCAGAUGAUCCUGGAUCUUGGUCAGAGGAUCAGGACAGCGUGCAAGGGGUGUGGCAUGUCGUUUGACCGAUCCGACGCGGAAGACACAGCGCUGCACAGGAAGAUGCACGACGAGGUCGUGCUUGGCGUCGAGUGGAGCGCCAAGCUGGAACGAAGUGGGCAAGUCGAAGACGUUGGGAAACCGGUCAAGAUUUUGGCGAAGCUGAGGGAGGAUAUGAAACGGCUCGAAGGAAAGCCGUCGUCGGACAACGGGCAGGUGCGGAUCCUCAUCUGUCGCCAAGAGGCGCGAGGCGCCUCAACGGCGUUGCAAAAGAAACUCGUGGAAAUCGAGAGGAGGGUGGACGAAUCUCUAGGAGCGAUCACGAAGGAGUCGGGUUCCAAGAGAACUAUGGUUCUCGCCGUGUGGCAGUCGAGGAGAGUCGUUGGAGCUGCCGUCGUCGGGCAGACGAAGCUAGGGAUGGCUCGGAGGCUGGUGUCAAGCAGUCAAGAGGCAGUUGCCAGCAUCACGUCUUUCAAUAAUUCGUCGCCGUCGAGCGGCGGCGGUGCCAUGUUCGUCUCAGACCCGUUGCCAGAAGACAAGACACCACCCCUUGCCAUUCAUCGCAUUUUUGUCCUCCCCCUCUUUCGUCGAACGGGCUUGGGAACUGCUCUGCUUGAUGCCGCGCUGGAGACAGCCAUUUAUGGCCUCUCGGCAGCUGAGGUAGAGGCCAGCUGCGGUGGGAGGGCAAACACGACGUCCUUCAGCCAGCCGACGGAGCUUGGGCAGAAGCUAGCUCUGUCGUGGAUCAAUCACGGUCUGCACGGAGAUAAGCAAGCGCCAGUGCUCGUAUUUGAUGAUGACGACGACGAGUGCGAUGCAUAGAGAGGGGUCCUGGGGAAGCUAGCCAACCCCGACAGUCGGAAGGAAAGUCGGAGGAAUCAUCCUCUCACUUUACUGUUCGGAGUUUCAUUAUCAUCUGUGCCGAAGUAAUUCGUGAUCAUCUUAGUCUAAUAUUAUUCUGCAUGCU